AUGAAACGGAGAAUCACCCUUAUUCAGCCCUUGGGCGCCCCGUUCGAGCCAGAUCAGGCAGUUCUAUCAUCUAGAAACCUCGCCAUUCGCGACCUGGACGCCGCGCGCCAUGAUCGCAUCACACUGGGUCUCGACGACCUUCCCGAGGAGCUCCGGACUGCUCUCGAAAGUUCUCAUGAGCUUCACCUCCGCUGGGCGGCGGAGGAGCCCUUCGACGCCAUCGCGCCCUUCUCCAGCAGAGUCUCGCCCGGUCUCCAUGUGCAUUAUACCCCUCUGGUUUCUGAUCAGCCUUCCGACGCGCUAUGCUCAGUGCUCCGCACCGUGUUCGGGGCGGAUGAGGAGGAUCGAAACGGGGUAGACUGCACGAGCCCCGAGAAGACUUUCACCACGCCCCCACUUCGUUCGACGCAAUUUGCGACAUCGACCUCCCUCCAGUACUACACGCGCCUCCCCUCUCUCCAAACCCUAGUCGGCUUCAUUCGGCGCACAAUCUGUCAUCAACGCCAGGGCGGUUCAAAAUGCCAUUCUCAUGCCGACACUCUUCUCACGGCCGAUUCCGUCGAUGUUGACUAUGACAGCACAUCGCAUACUUUAGCUAUAUCGGGGUUCUGGAGCUCCGCUCCUACUGGUGGCUGGAUCGAAGACAUUGGAAAGCUUGCUGCGGAUGACAAGAUUGAGAUCGGCCUUCUAGGAGUCGAGCCUGGAGCUACCCCUGAUGAGCUCAAGGCAGGCGGGUUAUUAGGCAGCAUUGGAGAAGAUAAAAAGCUCAUGCCGACGAUGUUCUACUUCCCUUCGCGUCAUCACUCGCUCGCCGAAGCCGACACAUACAGCAUCUCGUUCUCCCAGCCAACAGGGCUUCAUCCAGAGAUGUCAAUCUCCAUCCCGCACUCUGCUUUAAAACCACCCCCCGCACCCAAAGACUCCACAUGUGCACUGCACACAUAUCUCACCCUCCCAUCCUCAGUGUUCAUUGAUCAAUAUCAAGUUGGCACGAAUGACCCUCUUUUCCAUCAAGAACACAAUCUCGUCGCUGUGCGUGCAUUUUCCGGUGAAACAGACCUUGAAGCGCCAGAGUGGGCCGUAGAUCGCUGGGGCUCGAAUUGGCUCCUCGAGCUCGCGACGCCCUCCGGUGAUAGUGCUGAUCCCUCAUCAAACUGGACUUCAACGAUCCCUAUGCACCUCCGAUAUCUCGACCCUUCAGAGUCUGGAUAUCGAUCGGCAGCCGUGCCCUGGCCCGUCGUGUUUUGGGCGUGCAGCACGGAAGAAGAGGGGCAGACGGGUAAAAACCCCUUUGACCGAACCAAUUUAGGCUACGAUAAUCACUUCGGGCCGCGGACGAUAUUCUAUCAGCUCCAUCCUGCAUCGCAACAUCUCAUUGAGGAAUUGGAUGUCCCUGUGCUAAAGCUGAAAGAUGGCGAAGGUCUCUUCCAGGCUCGGAACAUCGAGCUGGGAACAAGUGUCGCCAUUGUUCUUGGUUUCUUAUGGAUAAUCUGGCGCUUGGCUCGUGUCAUGUGGGAGAGUGGUCUCGGGGCUAACGAGGUGAAGCGGCCCGAGACGCAUGAGAAGAAGGAAUAA